GCGCCGCCACCGCCUCCGCAUCGCCUGCUUCCCCACACAAUCCAGCCCCGCAGGCGCUUCCUAGGGCUUCCCUACCCGCUGUAGACCUGAGAGUUUCGGGAGCGCCAGGCCAGGAAGCGGGAGCCGCGCCGGACCCCAGCAUCCAGGCCGCCUAACGCGCGCCCUCGCCCAGCGCCGGAGCGGCCCUGGGGCGGGAGCGAGCUGGGCGACCAGGCCGGGCUGGGGGCGCCAGGCGCCCCCAGAAGUGCGGGCUUCCCCCACCCCCGGCGGCGACCCCACCUCCCGCCCCCGCUGCGUGCGCGCGUGUGUCCGUCUGUCUGUCUUGUAUCUCGACGUCAGUGGGAAUUUCCAGCCAGGAAGUGAGAGAGUGAGCGAGAGAGAAAGAGAGAGAAGUACACCAGCGAGCCGGGGCAGGAAGAGGAGGUUUCGCCACCGGAGCGGCCGGGCGACGCGCUGACAGCUUCCCCUGCCCUUCCCGUCGGUCCGGCCUCCCGCCGCCGCCGCCCUCGGCCUGUACGCCGCCGCCGGCCCGGCUCCGAGAGCCCAGCGCAACCCAGGCCUGAGACCCGCGGCCAGGAAGGCGGCACCGCCGCCGCCCGGCCACCGCGCGCCCUGCGCUUCCCUCCGCCCGCGCUGCGGACAUGGCGCGGCGCUGAGUGGCCCGGCACGACCCGGCCCGGCGAGACCGCGCGCCCGCUCUCCAGACCCGCUCCGCACCCGGGCUCCUUCGGGCUCCGGCUCCGGCUGGCCGUUGCUCUUCCUUCCCCAACCCGCUGGCCCUUGGAGCGGCGGAGGGGGAGCCCACAGGCGCAGGGAGGCCGAGCGCGGACCCGCCACCAGGCUCCAGAAUGGCAGGAAACAAUCCAUAUGGGGGAGUGCCUGAACAAAUAUUUCAUUUGAAUCCUUUGUCUCAUACUAUAUUUAAUCCAGAAUUAUUUCCACCAGAGAUGCCACUGCCCACAGCAGAUGGCCCAUACCUUCAAAUAUUAGAGCAACCUAAACAGAGAGGAUUUCGUUUCCGUUACGUUUGUGAAGGGCCAUCCCAUGGCGGACUUCCUGGUGCAUCUAGUGAGAAGAACAAGAAGUCCUACCCUCAGGUCAAAAUAUGCAACUAUGUGGGACCUGCAAAGGUUAUUGUUCAGUUGGUCACAAACGGAAAAAAUAUCCACCUGCACGCUCACAGCCUGGUGGGAAAACACUGUGAGGAUGGAAUCUGCACUGUGAAUGCUGGACCCAAGGACAUGGUGGUCGGCUUUGCAAACCUGGGUAUACUUCAUGUGACAAAGAAAAAAGUAUUUGAAACACUGGAAGCACGGAUGACCGACGCAUGUGUAAGGGGCUACAAUCCAGGACUUUUAGUGCACCCUGACCUUGCCUAUUUGCAAGCAGAAGGUGGAGGAGACCGGCAGCUCACAGAUCGGGAAAAGGAGCUCAUCCGCCAGGCAGCUCUUCAGCAGACGAAGGAGAUGGACCUCAGCGUGGUGCGGCUCAUGUUUACAGCUUUUCUUCCUGACAGCACGGGCAGCUUCACCAGGCGCCUGGAACCCGUGGUGUCAGACGCCAUCUAUGACAGCAAAGCACCCAAUGCAUCCAACUUGAAAAUCGUAAGAAUGGACAGGACAGCUGGAUGUGUAACUGGAGGGGAAGAAAUUUAUCUUCUCUGUGACAAAGUUCAGAAAGAUGAUAUCCAGAUUCGUUUUUAUGAAGAGGAGGAAAAUGGUGGAGUCUGGGAAGGAUUUGGAGAUUUUUCCCCUACAGAUGUUCAUAGACAAUUUGCCAUUGUCUUCAAAACGCCAAAGUAUAAAGAUGUCAACAUUACAAAACCAGCCUCUGUGUUUGUCCAGCUUCGGAGGAAAUCUGAUUUGGAAACUAGCGAACCAAAACCUUUUCUCUACUAUCCUGAAAUCAAAGAUAAAGAGGAAGUGCAGAGGAAACGGCAGAAGCUCAUGCCCAAUUUUUCGGAUAGUUUCGGCGGCGGUAGCGGUGCCGGGGCUGGAGGCGGAGGCAUGUUCGGUAGCGGCGGUGGAGGAGGGAGCACGGGAACUACGGGUCCAGGGUAUGGCUUCCCGCACUAUGGAUUUCCUACGUACGGUGGAAUUACCUUCCACCCUGGAACCACUAAAUCCAAUGCUGGACUGAAGCAUGGAACCAUGAAUGCUGAAUCUAAAAGUGAUCCUGAAGAUUGUGACACGAGGGGUGGCAGAGAGACUAUAAAUCUCUCUGGGAACGUUAUCAAAACCACAGAACAAGAUAAGGAACUGGGCAUGUCCAGCGACGGAAAUGAGGAGGUGACGCCGACGUGCACCAUGGGAGUAAAGGAAGAGGAUGCUCGGUUUCAGGAUAACCUCUUUCUGGAGAAGGCUAUGCAGCUUGCCAAGAGGCACGCCAACGCCCUUUUCGACUAUGCAGUGACGGGAGACGUGAAGAUGCUGCUGGCUGUCCAGCGGCAUCUCACUGCAGUGCAGGAUGAGAAUGGGGACAGUGUCUUACACUUAGCCAUCAUCCACCUUCAUGCUCAGCUUGUGAGGGAUCUGCUAGAAGUUACAUCUGGUUUGGUUUCUGAUGAUAUUAUCAACAUGAGAAAUGAUCUGUACCAGACGCCCUUGCACUUGGCAGUGAUCACUAAGCAGGAAGAUGUGGUGGAGGACUUGCUGAGCGCUGGGGCUGACCUGAGCCUUCUGGACCGCUUGGGUAACUCUGUUUUGCACCUAGCUGCCAAAGAAGGACAUGAUAAAGUUCUCAGUAUUUUACUCAAGCACAAAAAGGCAGCACUACUUCUUGACCAUCCCAACGGGGAAGGUCUGAAUGCCAUUCACAUAGCCGUGAUGAGCAAUAGCCUGCCAUGUCUGCUGCUGCUGGUGGCCGCUGGAGCAGACGUCAACGCACAGGAGCAGAAGUCUGGGCGAACGGCACUGCACCUGGCUGUGGAGCAUGACAAUAUCUCCUUGGCGGGCUGCCUGCUCCUGGAGGGGGAUGCCCACGUGGACAGUACCACCUAUGAUGGAACUACACCCCUACACAUCGCAGCCGGCAGAGGGUCCACCAAGCUGGCAGCUCUUCUCAAAGCAGCAGGAGCAGAUCCCCUGGUGGAGAACUUUGAGCCUCUCUAUGACCUGGAUGACUCUUGGGAAAAGGCUGGAGAGGACGAAGGGGUCGUGCCUGGAACCACACCCCUAGAUAUGGCUACCAGCUGGCAGGUAUUUGACAUCUUAAAUGGGAAGCCAUAUGAGCCAGAGUUUACAUCUGAGGAUUUGCUGGCACAGGGAGACAUGAAACAGCUGACUGAAGAUGCAAAACUGCAGCUCUACAAGUUGCUAGAAAUCCCUGAUCCAGACAAAAACUGGGCUACUCUGGCACAGAAGUUAGGUCUGGGGAUACUUAACAAUGCCUUCCGGCUGAGCCCUGCCCCUUCCAAAACUCUCAUGGACAACUAUGAGGUCUCUGGGGGGACGGUCAAAGAGCUGGUGGAGGCCCUGAGACAGAUGGGCUACACGGAAGCAAUCGAAGUUAUCCAGGCGGCCUUCUGCACCUCAGAAGCCUCCAGCCCUGUGAAGACCACCUCUCAGGCCCACUCACUGCCUCUCUUGCCUUCCUCCACAAGGCAGCAAAUAGAUGAGCUGCGAGACAAUGACAGCAUCUGUGACAGUGGUGUGGAGACAUCCUUCCGCAAACUCAGCUUUACAGAGUCUCUGACCAACAGCAGCUCAUUGCUAACUCUUAACAAAAUGCCCCAAGAUUACGGGCAGGAAGGACCUAUAGAAGGCAAAAUUUAGCCUGCUGGCAGUUUCCCACGCUGUGUAAACCAAAGUCCUAGAAUCCCACUGCGUUGUCCAAAAGAAGGAAAGUAAAGUGCAUCCAGAGGUGCUCAGAGGAACAGCGGCCUGCCUGAAUCAUGCUGGAUUUAAUUCAAGGCUGUCUAAACAUGACUUCCUUUCCUGGUUUUUCAAUGAGUUUUAGUUGAUUCACUUGCCAAUAGUAUCUAGCAAUCCCAGCACUGCGCUGAACUGAUGUGUCCUGGGGAUGAGGUAGUUUAUUGAGCUUUACCGGCUGCUACUGGAUUACAGUUGCUUUUUGUUGUCAUUGCUGCUGUCCCUCUGCUGCAUUCCCACUGUCAGGGUGUCCUCACCUGGUGUUCUUUCUAGCCGUCCAUGGCACAGUUGUGCAUUCAGAUUAAGGAUUAAGAAAAGAGAUAUUUGAAUAUCAGAGUCACUUAGUGUGCAAUUAAAAAAAAAAGGCUUAUUGCUUUUUUUAAUGUGGUUAUCUCUGUGAUUUGAAAAACACAUGAACUUAUCAAUAUUUAAACAUGGUUAUAAUCAGUGCUGAAAAUGAUAUUUUCCCCUUUUUCUGCAUUUUGCUAUUGUAAAUAUGUUUUUUAGAUCAAAUACUUUAAAGGAAAAAUGUUGGAUUUAUAAAUGCUAUUUUUUAUUUUACUUUUAUAAUAAAAGGAA